UGGAGCUGGACAAAAAAAUCCAGGAUCUGAUUGAGAGAAAUGCGUCUCCUCAUCCAAAACGGUACACCCCAGAGGCCAUGCCAACUCACAGAAAUCUAUGUUCUCCGAAGACUCCAGGAAAAACAGCUUCCAUGGCACAUUUUGUACAGGGCACAUCUAGAAUGAUUGCUGCAGAAAGUUCUAUGGAGCAUAAAGAGUGUGCUGAAUCAUCAACAAGAAAGAACUUGAUGAAUUCUCUUGAACAAAAGAUAAGGUGUUUGGAAAAACAAAGAAAAGAGCUCCUGGAAGUUAACCAGCAAUGGGAUCAGCAAUUUAGAAGUAUGAAACAGUUAUAUGAAAGAAAGGUAGCAGAGCUGAAGACGAAACUGGACGCCGCGGAAAGAUUCCUCAGCACGCGGGAGAAGGAUCCGCAUCAGAGGCAGAGAGAGGACGACAGGCAGAGAGAGGAAGACAGGCAGCGCGACCUGACCCGGGACCGGCUGCAGCGGGAGGAGAAGGAAAAGGAACGCCUAAAUGAAGAAUUACAUGAAUUGAAGGAAGAGAAUAAACUUUUAAAGGACAAAAAUACUCUUGCAAACAAGGAAAAGGAACAUUACGAAUGUGAAAUAAAACGCCUCAAUAAGGCUCUUCAGGAUGCCUUGAAUAUCAAGUGUUCAUUUUCCGAGGACUGUUUGAGGAAGUCUCGAGUGGAAUUCUGCCAUGAGGAGAUGAGAACAGAGAUGGAAGUUCUGAAGCAGCAGGUGCAAAUAUACGAAGAAGACUUCAAAAAGGAACGAUCGGAUCGAGAGAGACUUAAUCAAGAGAAAGAGGAGCUACAGCAAAUUAAUGAAACUUCCCAAUCCCAGUUGAACAGGCUGAAUUCCCAGAUAAAAGCUUGUCAGAUGGAGAAAGAAAAACUAGAAAAGCAAUUAAAACAGAUGUAUUGCCCUCCCUGUAACUGCGGCUUGGUUUUCCACCUGCAAGAUCCAUGGGUACCAACAGGCCCUGGAGCUGUGCAGAAGCAACGGGAGCACCCACCAGACUAUCAGUGGUAUGCUCUUGACCAGCUUCCGCCAGAUGUACAACACAAGGCAAAUGGUUUAUCCUCAGUAAAGAAAGUCCAUCAGUAGAAGUACACACUAACAGAGAGAGACAACAGGCAACGAGGGAGCGUGGCUGAGGACCCUCUUCUUUGUUUAUACUGAGGCUUGUUUCUGCCACAAAGGCACAUCAUCUACCCUGUUAUUUGUGCCUGGUCAUGUUUUCCUUUGGCAUGAAUACGGGAAAAGGCUUCUGACAGCUAAGAUCCUGAUCAAAUUGGAGGAGCCAGUUAUUAUACAACCAAAUACAACUUCCAGUUUCCUUGAAAUGAGACUUGGCAGAUGGAUGAUGCACGACUCCCUGAAAAUCUCUUCGGCAUAUUGCUGUUGGAUGCACAAAAAUGAUUCUAUGAUUUAAGCAACUCAGUGUUUGCUGCAGGGAUAUUGUAUGUUGAUUUAAAGUGCAUAUAUACUUGUGUGUGUGUGUGUGUGUGUGUGUGUGUGUGUGUGUGCGUUUCCUGGGGUAAAAAUUUCUGCAGUUGUAAAUGUUUAACAUUGCUCCCAUUCUUCUUCCACAGGGCCUUAGUUCUUUAGCUAUUUGACUACAUAUUGUUGACCUCAGUGAUCCUAAAUGUAGAAUUGAAGAGGUGUAUAUACCUCAUUAAAUUAAAUAAGUGGUUCAAUCUGAAUAAGAUGGUUAAUUGGAAGCUAUUCCUUAGACAGAUCAUUUCUUUAAGAUGAUGAGAAAUUGUGGGCCUGCGUCACAAGACUUGAUUAUGAAAGAUAAAGUCUUGGGCUGGGUGCGGUGGCUCAUGCCUAUAAUCCCAGCACUUUGGGAGGCUGAGGCAGGUGGAUUGCUUUGAGGCCAGGAGUUCUAGACCAGCCUGGCCAGCAUGGUGAAACCCCAUCUCUACUAUAAAUACAAAAAUUAGCCAGGCUCGUGGCACACACCUAUAAACCCAGCUACUCAGGAGGCUUGAGGCGGGAGGAUCACUUGAGCCCAGAGAGGCAGAGGUUGCUGUAAGUUGAGAUCGCCACUGCACUCCAGCCUGGGAAAUAGAGUGAGCAAGACUCAGUCCCCCCUACCCACCCACUCCACACCACCAAAAAAAAAAAAAAAAAAAGGAAGACAAAGUCCUGAUGGGAUGAUGAUGGCUAUAUGGCUAUGCUGUGUCCAUAUAUACUUACAGAAAUAUUUCAGGCAUAUGGAUUUAUAGUUAAAUCUGUGUUUUUCCUUCCUAUGGAUUUGAUUAAUUUUAAUGAAAAACUUAAUUCUGACUUCUCAAGCCAAUUAAAAUGAAAAUGGAAUUUAUUGAAAUUUUAUUGCAAUUAAAUCUUAGAGUGACAUGACAGAUGUCUAAAGAUUAAGCAGAUUUAGAAGUAUUAAGUUUAUCCAUUUAAUAAGAAUUCUGCUAGGACUAACUUGACAUCCUCUUCGUGAUCCUCUUCGUGAUCCUCUAUAUACAUAUAUACAUAUAUAUGUGUGUGUAUAUAUAUAUUCUCACAAAUAUGAUCUCAAAUUAUACAUUUAUAUGUAUAUACAUAUAUAUAUAUACAUAUAACAAGAAAUGUGAGAUCCUUGGAUAUCUAUGCUUCUAGAAGUAAACCUAAAGCAACUGCAAAGCUGAAAAUGCAGUUGAAGAAAACAAUCCAAACAUACUGCUAAAAUUAUCCAGUUUCAGCUUCCAAAAAUUAUACUACUUUAUUCCAGCUCAAAUUAUUAUUAUUCCAGUAUCUGGAUACACCUGAAGCUCUGUAUAAUGGGAAGAUGAAAGAGCCUUAGGAAAAUAAAUAUUUUCAGGUUCAGCCC